AUGGACAAAGCCAAUUUCUUAGAAGAUACAACUUCUAAGCAACAGAAAGAUUUGCCUUAUGAUGGGGAUUUCUCCCAAAUUAAGAUAUACAGUGAUUACAAUUUUACCUCAAAAAAUGACAUCCUUGAUGUCUCAAAUCAAAUUCCUUUAACAGUAGAUGACCUUCAAGAAAAGGCUACAUAUAAAGAGACUUGCAGAAAUGCAGACAUGGUCAUGACUCUGGGUAAAAUGACUAAAACUGUUACCAACAAAAACUAUGAUAAAGAGAAACAAUCCACUGUAAAUCUUGAUAUUCUGGCUAAUGAAAGAGACCCUUCCAAGUCAAACAUUUCUGAUAUUUUACUCCAUCAUCUUUCCAAUCAGGAAUUCUUAAAAGGUCAAGGCAUUAAUUGUGAAACUUUCCCAGAGAUUUCUAAUGCUGACAGUGCUGAUGAAGCUAUUGUUAAAAAUAUUAUUUUGCGCUAUGUUAAGAAUUCUUGGCCAAAAGAACAAACCUCAGAACUCACAGACCAACUGAGCCCCAAAAGGGGUGGUGAAAACAGCAAUAUGCCCUGUUGUUCACUAACUGUGACAGAAGGAAACGCCUCUGACUUAGAGGCUGCUGGAGAGAGCAGCCAUCAAGAAACUUCACAUUUUCUAACUAAAAUCAAGAGUCCACAUGAUAAACCAAUAAGUUGCCAAGGGCAGCCACCCCAGAAACUGCAGACCGAAAAAGCAGUUUCAGGCACUGGGUUCAAACAUGGCCACAGUCUGGUUCAUUAUGAGUUAUCUGAUUUCCCUAAGGUUGCUCCCAAAGGGAAAGUCCCUAAAAAUAAAACAAUUAAUAAACCACUUACAACAGAUAAACAAGCCAGCUUUUCUCCUAAAUUGAGAGAUAAGUCAGCUAUUGUGCAAGAUAUUUUAGAAAGCAUGUCUAGGUCAAACUGUAUUGAAAGACAAGGACAAAAAAGGAAAACUGCUGAACCUUCACAACAGAUAGAGAUGGAGCCCACAAUACAUAUUCACCAAGAACAUCUCACAGGAAUAGAAUCAGAGAUGAGUCUCUUUAAGGUGUCAUCAAUGUCUCAGAAAGACAUUUUCCCAAGUUCUUCUUCCGUAUUUCAGAAGAUAAUCCAGGGGAAACAGAUGUGCCAGAAGUUAAAAGAACAGACUGAUCAACUGAAGACUAAAGUACAAGAAUUUUCCAAAAGCAUAGCAGAGGACUCUCCCUAUCAUUUGCAAGAUAAGAGGCUGGUCCUGGAGAAACUGCAGGGACAUCUUGAACUGCUGGAGCAGGAGUUUCUGGACAACAAGGAGAUGCAUCUGACUUUGAAGCAAGUUCACAGGCAUGAAUCCCCAGCUGUCGGUGACUUUGAUCCAGAAAGAGAAGUGGAAGGAGAAAUCUUCAAGUUGGAGAUGCUACUUGAGGAUGUUAAAGAGAAAAUUAAUAAGGGCAAAUGUACUUCAGCCGUUUCUCUUCCUGUGAGUUCUCCAAUCAUCUCGGAUGACUUGGCAUCCACAUCCUCUCCACCCUCAAAUGAGGAGAACCCCAUCAACACCUCGGGAAGGCAGGACCACGCAGAGACGACCAGUCCAAGCUGUGCCAUUUGCCAUGGGGUCCUUGAAUGGAAGGAGAACAUGGAGAAAAAAGGGCACAGAAACACCAACUGCGGAAGGUGUCCCCCUGCCAUUCAAGAAAAGGCACAGCACGCAGGUUCGAUUCUCAGUUCUGCUGCAGGCCCCAGCUGCUCUUCUGCUUCUGGGACUAGAUUGCAGAAUAAUAAAUGUGAGAACUGUGGCACUAAGAGUCAUAAUUCCCGAAGAGUCUGUGGCAAAGAGCCACUUGAAGAAUUUCAUUACAGAUACAACAUGCCGGGACAGAAUUACUUAAAUCCUAACGAAAGAAGUGCCUUUGUCAAACUCUGCUUUUUAAACGAAAAUAAAAAUUCUUCACCUUCUUGUUCAAAACCAGAACGGAUCUGUUCCCAGACAUCGAAUCCAAAAUCCUCUCAUGAUGAACAUGAGCCCAUACCAGGAAAAAAAAAUCUUAAGGUUUUCAUGACCUACCAUUCAGACCUUGCUACAACCUCACCCCAUUUCCACUCCUGCAGGAUUUCUGGAAGCAAAUCCUUAAGCAACUUUGGCAGUAUUGAAGAAACAGAAUCUGAGAUUUUAAACUCGUCUUUGGAUCAUGCCCUGAGGACAGCAACCAUUUUGAAAGACACUACUGAUCGAAUGAUUAGAACUGUUGCAGAAAAUCUUGCCAAAGUACAGAGAUGGAGGAAUCAACUGAAAUACUAAUUUGACCCAAGGCAACCGAGGACUUAAAAAAAAAGAGAAAUGCAAAGAAAACUCAUCUUCCCCCCAAAAGUAUCUUAUACCAUUUAGGAAGGUGACUUUCUAGAGAAAAUACCAAAACUGUAAGAAAUGGGGGGGCACCAAGUGCUUAAAAGGAAAAAACAAUGGACCCCGAUUCUUAAAAUUGAA